ACAAGACAAAUUUGUGCAGACAAAAUAAACGCCUUUUUCUUGACGCGCGGGAACCAAGAGGUUUUAAAACAUCAGUCCGUGUUAUAUUAUUUAUAUUAUUUAAUCGUUUAAAUCGUUGAAACUGUUCACAAUUUGAAUACAAUUGACUUUAAAACGAAGUGAAUUAAAUACAGGAAAAGAACCAUGUCGAGAUUGCGGCAGAUCUCGCACGCUCUGAUGCGCAAGAAGCAAAUCAACAAGGACCCGACAGCCGCGGCGGCCUCGAGGCUGCGGAGAUGCCUCUCCGUCGGCGACCUGAUCCUUCUCGGCAUCGGUAACACGCUAGGCGCCGGCAUCUACGUCAUCACAGGUCAAGUCUCGAAAUGGAUCGCCGGUCCCGCCCUCGUACUCUCGUUCAUGAUCGCAGCCGUCGCCGCUGUUCUAGCAGGGAUGUGUUUUGCUGAGAUGGGGGCCCGCGUGCCAAAGGCGGGGUCUGCUUACGUUUACACCUACGUCACAAUGGGCGAGUUUAUCGGCUUCUUUGUCGGGUGGAAUGUACUCAUUGAAAACAUUUUAGGAGCGGCAUCGGUUGCCAGGGCGACGACGGCCUACAUCGACGCCAUGAUAGGGAACAAGAUGGAUACUUACUUAUCCGCGAAUCUUGCCAUGCAUACGUCAUGGUUAGCCGAAUAUCCGGAUUUCCUUGGUACAGCAUUGUGCAUAAUUUCAUCAGUUCUGAUGGGCAUCGGUGUCAAGACAUCAUCCGUUUUCAACAACAUGUUUACCGGACUCAACCUCGUGGUCAUCUCCUAUAUCAUAAUAUGUGGCUUCUUCAAGAUCGUCCCUUCCAACUGGUCCAUACCCAUGGACGAUCUUCCAAAGAUUCCCUGUGAUGAUCAACCGGAGUCGGUAUGGCUUAACAGCUCGUCAUCUGUUGUAACGGGUGGCCCAGAGAUGUGCUCCGAAUUUGGUAACGGGGGGUUCUUUCCCUAUGGAACGGGCGGGGUGUUUGCCGGUGCAGCGGUCUGCUUCUAUGCGUUCAUCGGGUUUGAAGUCGUAGCUACGGCAGGUGAGGAGGUGCGUAACCCGCAGAAGACCCUGCCAAUCGGCAUCAUGGUUUCAUUGCUCCUCACGUUUAUCGCAUACAUGGGCGUGUCGUGUGUCAUGACGCUCAUGUGUCCAUAUUUCCUAUUGGACGAGGAGGCUCCGUUGCCCGUCGCGUUCGACAAAGUGGGGUGGACCGUGGCGCGUUACGUCAUCGGAAUGGGCGGGAUCUGCGGACUAAUAACAAGCUUGUACGGUUGCAUGUUCGCUUUACCUCGCUUCCUCUACUCAAUGGCCGAAGAUGGCAUGCUCUUUAAGUUUCUUGGAGAAGUCCAUUCCCACUUCCAGACUCCACUUUAUGCUUGCCUUACAUCCGGGAUAAUUGCAGGCAUGAUCACCCUGGUCAUUGAUCUCCAAUCCCUGGUCAACGUCGUGGUCAUGGGGGCAAUGGUGCCCUUCCUCACUGUGGCCGCAUGCGUCAUUAUACUCAGAAAAGAACCGGACAUGUCAGCCCCCGCCUCAUCGAGCACCUUCCUUUUCCCUCAGAUUGAUGGGUACCAGGCGGGCUACGCCGAUGCCAAGCGAUCCUCCGUUGCCAAGUUCUUGAGCCAGGCGUUCAGACCAGUUUACGACGAGCCCACCCCGCUGUCAUAUAGAGUCGUCAUAGUUUGUGUAGUGUUAUUUAUAUGCACGUGUUUCGGUAUGGAGGCCAUGAUCAUCUUCGCGGAGGAAAGUCUCUUCAACCGGGAGCCGUGGGCCAUCGCCACAGCAUCUACCAUCGGAGCGUUCAUGCUGCUCCUACUGUUUAUCAUCGUCAAACAGCCAGAAAGUACAGUUCCAGUCGGCUUCAAGGUACCUCUCGUACCCCUGCUACCAGCUCUUAGUAUAUUCAUCGACUCCUAUCUUCUCAUGAAGAUGGAUGCCAUGACCUGGGUCAGAUAUCUUGUUCUAGUUCUUAUAGGUUUAGUCAUCUACUUCGGCUACAGUAUAUGGAACAGCAACGAGCGUUUAGCGAAGCCUGAUCGAUUCCGCUACCCAAGCACCCCCGCCGAGGCUCAGCAAGGCGGGCGAUGUCGGCGUACCAGCAGCAUCAUGCUCUGUAGCGAGUCCGGCUGCACCCACGAUCUCCCCCAUAAUCUUUUCGACAUCAGCAAGAAAAGCAGCGUCCAGAAUACGGAACCGACCGAGAUUACCAAACUGAUCAGCGAAGCUUCCAUUUGAUUGUGCUAAAAAUCAUCGAACUCCUCGUCAUUGACGCAGUCGACACCGGCCGGCUGGAGGGACGCUCCCUUUGAUGUCCGUUGCACACGAAGCGUCAUAUAAGUUGCGCUGUUACAAUAGAAUUUAAUAUUAUAAUUUUUUAGAAUAUAAUUUGUAUAUAAUAUAAUUUAGAAUAUGAUUUUGUUGUCUGCUUCCAAAGCAAAAGAAAAAACUUCCCUUCCGGGUGAUCAUACAUCAAAUUUCAAAAUGGAAAGAAGAAGGGAAAAAAGAAAGGAAAGUAACAGAAAGAAAAUGAGGGAGAGAAGGGGGGAUCAGAGGAAGAUAAGAGAGAUUUAGGAAGGAAAGAGGGAGAAAGUACAUGGCAUAUAACACGAAGGUUUAAAAAUUAUUGGGAGGGCAGCUGCACUGCUGCCGCUCGGAGGAAGAGUACACAAAGUAGCAAGCUGCUCUAAUCAAGCAUGUUAAAUCAAUUAACCCCUCGAUCUUCCUGUGAUUCGAAGCAUAGUUUAAACUAGUUAUUGUUUAGGCGGGCCAAAGACUUCUUAAAUUAAUAAUGGCGUUCGUUUUCCGUCAAUGCGAUUGUUCUAUAAACCUGCGCUAACCAAGCAAAUCGCCCAUUCAUCGCUUUGUUUAAAUUGUUCAUUUUGCAAUCACUUUUUUUUGUGUACGCUGACGCCUGUCACAUGGUGUGUCAAAGACCGAAACCAAUCACUGACGCAUUGUUACGUCAAUAAAAUUACGCAGUCCUACGUCAAUAAAAUGACGCCUCGUAUGCAACGCGUAUUUGAGUCCCCCCUCCCCUGGGUUCAAUUCGUUAGCGUGUUACCUAUGAUAGUCAAUUAGCCAAGUGAAAGCAAUUGGGCAAUUAAUGCUUUAGUAAUUCAAGAACUCGUUUGCACUUUCCUUUUUGCAAUUUAACGAUGACGCCUCUCACGUUGGGCAUCUAAGACCUCACAAGUCACUGAUGCCGUACGUCCUCCGUCAGGCAAAUGACGCUUUGUGUGCGGCAAAGGCCGGCGGACCAUGGAAAGGACAUUGGAAGUGGAGUACUUUUAUUAGGCUUACGAUCUUUCCGAAGAUGAUGCCCUUGGAGGAAAUGAAGAUCUGAAUAUAAGCAUAAUAAUGUGCAAUUAGAAAUAGGCAAUCUGUAGAAAACAUUGAUGGUAUCUUAAUUGUCUUAAUUUGUAAGUUAGAAAGGAUCAUUUUUUUCAAUCCAAUCCAAUCCAAUUCAAUUCAAUUUCGGUUUAUUUAUAUCAACAUAUACAACGUACAAUGCUAUAGUCCAAGGACCAAUAAUGCUAUGUUUAAAUAAAAUGUGCAUAAAAGCAGAAAUGAUCAUAAUUAUACAUGUACAAUUAAAAUUAUAAAAAAUAAAGUUAUAUAUCAUAAUUGUUCAUAUACCUCAAGCUAUAUACAUAUUUUGCUGAAUGAUAUUAGAUGGAUUAAUAACUGUUAAGUAACUUGUAUCAAUCGCCAUGUUUUUCGUUUGUUUUGUAUUCGACUUUCCCCGAUUGAUAUUGCACAUGUGAAGAGAAUGUAGCUGCACUUUCAAUCAGACCAAUUUCUAUAUGGCUUUUAAAAUGUUUAUUAUUCUAAUCGGGUAGUUUCAUUAUUUGACGGCGCUCGAGUGUGUUAUCUACCGAAAAGGGGCAUCGUUGUCGUUUUUAAUGGUUAUUUGAAAGUCUGUUCCGUAAUAUCAUAUCGACACCAGUGCCAUUCAUUCUCAAAGAAAACAUGCCUCUCUAUCGUAUAGUUCUUCUU